GCGGAAGCCGACAGUCAGCCGAGCACAGUAAACAUCAAUCAUCCCAAGCCUCAGACAUCCAGACCGAUUCUCCCCAAUUCCCCACAACCUCCCUUAGAAUACACGAUAGAGCACUCCACAAUGCUGCUGCAGUGCUAUAGAAGACGUCUUCCACAGCUGGCAGGAACUAGACUGUCAGCGCAGAUGUGGGCGCAAAGCUGCUGGCUUCGCCGGAACUCAUCGACUUCGGCGCCUGCUAAUUCGCAUCUCGAACUGCCAUUGUCGGGCGUGCGAAUCGUCGAUCUUACGCGUGUACUUGCAGGGCCUUAUGCGACUCAAAUCUUAGCUGACCUGGGAGCCGAAGUUAUCAAAGUCGAACACGUCACCCGGGGCGACGAUACCCGCACAUGGGGUCCUCCGUUUGCAAAAAACCACAAUAAUCUUCAAUCACCCGGCGAGAGUGCCUAUUUUCUUGGUGUCAAUCGAAACAAAAAAUCUCUAGCCAUUGAUUUCAAAGACAAGCGAGGACAAGACACGUUACGAUCGUUAAUCUCAAAAAGCGACGUCGUUAUCGAAAACUACCUACCUGGAACUCUGUCGCGGUAUAACCUCGCGUACGAUCAGCUAGAGAACGACAAGGUUAUCUACGUCAGCAUCACGGGAUAUGGCCAGACUGGGCCCUAUAGAAACCGAGCAGGGUACGAUGUAAUGGUUGAAGCGGAAAUGGGAUUGAUGCAUAUCACUGGCGAGGCCAAUGGGCCGCCUGUGAAAGUGGGCGUCGCCGUUACAGAUUUGACGACCGGUUUGUAUGCAGCAAACUCGAUUAUGGCCGCACUACUAGGACGAGCAAAGACAGGACGUGGACAAUACAUCGACGUGGCCUUGUCGGACUGCCAGGUUGCGACCCUCGCAAAUAUCGCAUCAUCAUGCCUAAUAUCCGGCCAACCAGACGCCGGCCGUCAAGGAACCUCCCACCCCAGCAUUUGCCCGUACCAGGCCUUCCCGACCAAAGACGGGGAUAUCAUGAUUGGAGGCGCAAACGACAAGCUCUUUGGAAUCAUGUGCAAUCUUCUCGGAAAAUCAGAGUGGAUAGAGGAAGAGAGAUUCGCGACGAAUCCGCUCAGAGUUAAGCAUCGAGAGAUGCUCGUACCUAUGAUUAUUGAGGAGACGACCAAGAAAACUACUGCAGAAUGGCUUACGAUCUUCGAAGGCAGCGGGAUCGCAUACGCAGCAGUCAACGACGUCCAGUCAACACUCAACCACCCGCACGUCCUGGCCAGGGACAUGAUCGCCACAGUCGACCACCCAGACUGCGGUCCGAUCAAGAUGGUGAACACGCCGGUAAAAUACUCGCUCUCCAAGCCGUCGAUUAGAAUGGCGCCUCCUACUUUGGGACAGCACACCGACGAGAUUUUGGAGAGAGAGGUGGGGCUUAGCAAGGAGGUUAUUUCUGAGAUGAAAGCGGAUGGAAUCAUAGCUUGAGUCUCAUUUCUUGGAUACCUACCGCAAUCGCAGCACUUUAUCUCGAUAUUCAAGAUAUCCAGCAUAACUCGGUCACUUAAAUUGCCAUCAGAUAACCCACAAACCAGCACAGUUAAAGUUUAAAUACAC